AUGAGUCAACGUCGGAACGCCGGUUCGCGGAACAAGGGACCCGCGCGGGGAGGCAUUUCAAAACGCCGCACGGGCCCGGUUCGUCUUGAUCGAGAUGGAGAUUUGGAUAUGGAUGUUGCAGGCGGCAAGUCGGGUGCUGGUCGUGGGAGAGGUGCCGAGAAGACGGGCAAUGCAGGCCGGGAUGUUCUGAAAAGCGCACCCCAGCGAGGUCCGUUGAGCGGUGCAGGCUUGCAAAAAGCAAUUCUCCGCGGAAUGGCUACCGGCGAUGCCAAAGUUCGAGGCCCACGGGAAGUUGGAGUUGAUGGAGUACUCAAGGAGAUGACUGGAGGAAAAGCAAGAGGACGCGACAAACAAGAUCACCGCUUGGAUCAAGUUUCAGUGCGCGGAUUGAAACAAAGCAAGGCCGCAUCAAAUCCUGAUGGGGGCCUGAAGGACCUCCUCGCCUUCCUGGAGCGCAAAGCCACUGGACCGGAUACACCAGCACGAGAAGCCGUGAGGAUCAGAAAGUCACGAACGGAGGGUGAAGCGGUCAUUGUGUCGGUGCGUCCAGAGGACGUGCCCAAACUCUUGAGAAUUAGUUCGUAUACUUUUGCCGGAGUGCCGCUUACCAUCGAAAAAUACAAUGGACCGGAAACUUCUGGGACAGGGGCUGCCGCUCCAACUGAAUCACCCCAGGUUGUGGAUAUCAAACAAAAGAUGACCAGUGUGCUGAGCCGCCGAUACGACCCGGCGCUAAAGCUGCUCAACCUCUCCGCAUUAGGUCAUGAUGAAGAGCUUGUUUCCAUGGGUCUUUUCCAGAGCGUGUCCACCGAAUCGAAAUUCUUCCCGGCUUUGAUGAAGGUGUGCGAUACUUUUUUCUCGUCAGCACAACAGAAACGCGAAGCCGUCCACAGUGUGUCUCUCGCGAAUAACGAACUCCCCAACGUCAUGUCCGUCACCACACUCUCACAAACUUUUCCCGACAUCCAGAACCUCGACCUUUCUCACAACAAAUUCAAAGACCUUCGCGCGAUGGAGAAUUGGCGCCGACGCUUCCCUUUUCUCGACCACCUUGUGCUCACAGACAACCCGCUCGAGACACAAGAGCCGAAUUAUAAAGAGUCCAUUCUGAAAUGGUAUCCGACACUUCGCAUCCUCAAUGGCCAACAGGUCCGAUCCGAUGAGGAAGUAGCUGCUAUUGCACAGAAGCGUGCCAACGCCGUCCGGGGUGUUCUGCCUCUGCCGGUUCAAGCAGCCGACUUUCGUGACGAAGCACAGAUCGGAGAGAAUUUUAUCAAGCAGUUUUUCCUAGGCUUCGACACUGACCGUGCGGCAUUAGCCAAUGGCUACUAUGACGCAAAGUCCCAAUUCUCGCUCAGCGUCAAUACCUCGGCACCGCGCGCCCCGCAACAGGGACAAGACAUUAAAUCUCAGACAUGGGAUGCCUAUAUUAAAAAGAGCAGAAAUCUAUCCAAGAUUAGCCAUCUCCCUGCGAGAAUGGCCCGCGUGUACACGGGUCCCGAGAGCAUUCUCAGCUGCUGGACAUCGCUGCCCGCCACGAGACACGCUAACAUAACCGCCGAACCGCUCAAGUGGCUCGUCGAAUGCCAUUCCCUACCCGGUCUGCCGGACCCGUCAGGCCAGUCGCCCGGCGGUGUCGGCGGUCUGAUUGUCAUGGUGCAUGGCGAGUUUGACGAGCUCAACGUGGCUACCGGUCAGACCAUUAUGACUCGCAGCUUCGAUCGAACUUUUGUCCUGGGGCCAGGUGCCGGUAUUGGCGGCAUCCGCGUCAUCAGCGAUGUUCUCGUACUACGCGCCUACGGAGGAAAUACCGCUUGGUUACCAGAGGGCACCGCGCCAGCGCAGACGACUUCCGACGGUCAGGCACAGCCCAGUGCACUGACGCCGACUGCCCCACAAAUACCAGAGAAUUUCGCCGUGGCUGUUCCCGGAAAAUCAGAAGAACAACUACAGCAGGAAUUGAUGCUCGCCGAGAUGAGCAAACGGACGAACAUGACACUCGAGUACUCGCGAAUGUGUCUUGAGCAGACUGGAUGGAAUUUUGACAGCGCUUUGGCGGCUUAUGAGAGCGCAAAGGAAAUGCUGCCUCCUAAUGCAUUCAUGCAAGGCAUAUAA